AGGUGGAGGUGGGGCAGGCGCAGGAGUUCGCGGUGGAGGCGCAGGGGGCGGGGGGCCAGGGCAAGGUGGAGGUCAAGGUCGCCGGCCCCUCCCGCCGCCCCCUCCCCUGCAAGGUGGGCCCUGCCCCCCCCGGCGGCCCCCACCCCGUCACCUACACCCCCCCCGAGGAGGGGCCCUACAAGGUGGAGGUCACCUACGACGGGCACCCCGUCCCCGGCAGCCCCUUCCCCGUGGAGGCCUUCCUGCCCCCCGACCCCUCCAAGGUGUGCGCCUAUGGGCCGGGGCUGCAGGGCGGCAAGGUGGGCACCCCGGCCCCCUUCACCAUCGACACCAAGGGUGCCGGCACCGGGGGGCUGGGGCUGACGGUGGAGGGUCCCUGCGAGGCCAAGAUCGAGUGCCAGGACAACGGGGACGGGUCCUGCUCCGUCUCCUACCUGCCCACCGAGCCCGGCGACUACGCCAUCAACAUCCUCUUCGCCGACCGGCACAUCCCCGGCAGCCCCUUCAAGGCGGAGGUGACCCCCGUCUUUGAUCCCAACAAGGUGACGGCCAGCGGGCCCGGUUUGGAACGCGGCAAAGCCGGGGAGGUGGCCACCUUCAUGGUGGAUUGCUCCAAAGCCGGGGACGCCGAACUCACCAUCGAGAUCAUUUCGGAAGCCGGGGUGAAAGCCGAGGUGCUCAUCCAGAACAACCGGGAUGGCACCUACGCCAUCACCUACACCCCCGCCUGCCCCGGCUCCUACACCAUCACCAUCAAGUACGGCGGGCACCCCGUCCCCAAGUUCCCCGUCCGCGUCACCGUUGACCCCGCCGUCGAUACCAGCGGCGUCAAGGUCUACGGCAAAGGCGUGGAGCCGCGAG